GACGUCCUCCGGGGACCAGGGGCGGGGCUUUGCGUGAUGGCGUCACGAGCCGGAGCCUCCGGCGGCGGGAAGAGGAGACGUGAGAAUGGAGACCCCGAAGAGUGGCGAGAGCGCCGGGGACCGGGGGCCGCAGGACGCUACGCCUGCCCCCAGCAAGGCCUCGAGCAGCGCCGGCCACUACGAGCUGCCGUGGGUUGAAAAAUACAGGCCAAUAAAACUGAAUGAAAUUGUCGGAAAUGAAGACACUGUGAGCAGGCUGGAGGUCUUUUCGAGGGAAGGGAAUGUGCCCAAUAUCAUCAUCGCUGGCCCCCCGGGCACCGGCAAGACCACCAGCAUCCUCUGCCUGGCGAGAGCCCUGCUGGGUCCUGCACUGAAGGAUGCGGUUCUGGAGCUCAAUGCGUCCAAUGACAGAGGCAUCGAUGUUGUGCGGAAUAAAAUCAAAAUGUUUGCGCAGCAGAAAGUGACACUGCCCCGGGGCCGGCACAAGAUCAUCAUCCUGGACGAGGCUGACAGUAUGACGGAUGGUGCCCAGCAGGCCCUGCGCAGGACCAUGGAGAUCUACUCCAAGACCACCCGCUUUGCGCUGGCAUGCAACGCCUCAGACAAAAUCAUAGAGCCCAUCCAGUCCCGCUGCGCCGUUCUGCGCUACACCAAGCUCACCGACGCGCAGGUCCUGGCGCGGCUCCUGAGCGUCAUCGAGAAGGAAGCCGUGCCCUACACGGAUGAUGGCCUGGAGGCCAUCAUCUUCACCGCACAGGGCGACAUGCGACAGGCGCUGAACAACCUGCAGUCCACCUUCUCGGGCUUUGGCUUCAUCAACAGCGAGAACGUGUUCAAGGUCUGUGAUGAGCCCCACCCCCUGCUGGUGAAGGAGAUGCUCCAGCACUGCGUGAGUGCCAACAUCGAUGAGGCCUACAAGAUGAACCGCGUUAGGCUCCCGUGUCCCCUCUGGCCAGAUCCUCGCCCAUCUGUGGCACCUGGGCUACUCACCAGAGGACGUCAUUGGCAAUGUGUUCCGCGUGUGUAAAACUUUCCAGAUGGCUGAAUACCUGAAGCUGGAGUUCAUCAAGGAGAUCGGGUACACGCACAUGCGCGUGGCGGAAGGCGUGAACUCCCUCCUGCAGAUGGCAGGGCUGCUGGCCAGGCUGUGUCAGAAGACGAUGGCGCCGGUGGCCACUUAGAGCAGGGACAUCCAUCACCAGAGCGGUCAAAGGAGUCCUUGCCCCAAGUGGGAGCGCGGCAGCUGUGACGGGCAGAUAUGCUCCGUUUUGGAUUCCAGUGGCUCGUGGCACGUCCUGCUCCCUGCAUGUCUGGUGGACCCGGUGACAGGAUCCAGGUGCUGUUGGGGAUGUAGCAAUAAAGCUGGACCAUGUUUGUCCUGUAGUGUUUGA